CACUAUCCAUGUGCAACUCUUCUGGGCCAGGCCCAUUAAACCCUCCGGGCCUCCACGGGCCGGCAAAGCUCAAACAUCCUUGCUCCUCCUCAUCCAACUCUGGCCCAACCCGAGCACAGUUCACCCCUCCCUCCCGCCGCUGUCGAGAUGCUUCGGGGCUCUGCAGCCGCUCGGCUCUGCCGCCUCGCCCCCCGCAUCUCGGGCGGUGGCAACUGCGGUGGUGCCGCUCGCCGGCGCCUUGCUCCUCCCAUCACCCCCUCCGUCCUAGCCCGCUUCUUGUCCACCCCGACCUCCUCUUCCCCGCCGCCUCCGUCCUCCGCCGCUGCCCAUGUCGAGGAGGCAAAGUAUGGAGAUCUCAAUGGAGACUCCGGAUACUCUGCUGCCCGGCUAAGCAUCUCCAUCGACCGGUCUGGCCUCUACAACCCCCCAGGUCCGCUCCCCCUGUCUCUUUCACACCCACGCCACGCGCAGAAGUGUCUGGGUUUAGGGUUUCUGAUGGUAGGCGUUUUUCGGAGUGGGCCGAUCAGCAUAGCGGAGUACAUGGAGGAGGUGUUGACGAACCUGCAAUCUGGGCUCUACAUCAACCGGGACGUAUUCGGGGAAUCGGGGGAUUUCAUCACCUCGCCGGAGGUUAGCCAGAUGUUUGGAGAGAUGAUUGGUGUAUGGGCGAUGUGCCUCUGGGAGCAAAUGGGGCAGCCUGAGAAGGUGAAUCUGAUUGAGCUUGGCCCGGGCCGAGGAACCCUCAUGGUGGAUUUACUUCGUGGCUCAGCAAAGUUUGUUAAUUUCACCAAGGUACUCAACAUUAACUUGGUCGAGUGCAGUCCUACAUUGCAAAAGGUGCAGUAUAAUACUCUGAAAUGUGAAGAUGAACCUACUGGUGCUGGCAAAAGGACAGUUAGCAAGCUUUGUGGAUCUCCUGUUUGUUGGCAUGCAUCACUCGAACAGGUUCCUUCAGGAUUGCCAACCAUAAUUAUUGCACAUGAAUUCUAUGAUGCCUUACCGAUUCAUCAAUUCCAGAAAGCAUCACAUGGCUGGUGCGAAAAGAUGGUGGAUCUCGCAGAAGACUCAUCGUUUCGCUUUGUUCUAUCUCCACAGCCUACAGCCUCUUUAAUUUACCUCUCCAAGCGUUGUAAAUGGGCUAGUUCUGAGGAACUUGAGAAGGCUGAGCAUAUUGAAGUCUGCCCCAAAGCAAUGGAGCUUACUGAACAGAUUGCCGAUAGAAUUAGUUCAGAUGGCGGAGUUGCUCUUAUUAUUGACUAUGGCAAAAAUGGAAUAGUCUCUGAUAGUCUGCAGACAAUUCGCAAACACAAGUUUGUCCACAUAUUAGAUGACCCUGGCUCUGCUGAUUUGAGUGCCUAUGUCGAUUUUGUUUCAAUCUGGCACUCUGCUGAGGAAGCUUCAGAUGAUAUAUCAGUCCAUGGACCAAUGACUCAAUCCCAAUUCCUGGGUUCUCUUGGUAUCAACUUCAGGGUGGAAGCUCUCUUGCAAAAUUGCACAGAGGAGCAGGCCGAACCUUUGAGAACGGGCUACUGGCGUCUAGUUGGAGAUGGGGAAGCCCCGUUCUGGGAAGGUCCAGAUGACCAGACGCCUAUUGGCAUGGGCACUAGGUACUUGGCCAUGGCCAUUGUCAACAAGAAGCAGGGCACACCCGUUCCAUUUGAGUGAAAAACAGACAUACCUUUCCUUGUGCAGUCUGUUCACCAGUGACAAAAUAACUGGACUCUCUUGUAACCACCGUUGCAUUUUUUGAGGAAUUUUGACGACAGAGUCCAGAGAAGCGUGAUUUGGCUCAACUUUGUUGUAAUACACUCAAUACAUUGACUCAUCAACUUGUGUCUUUUUUGAAGCAAAUAUGUGUUUCUACCUA